AUGGAGGACACUCCCGAUCAACAAGAUCCUACACAUGCAAAUAAUGCAAACAAUAGAGAAAGACAACGUCCAAAAUCUAGAGGCUCGACAACUAGCCUGCAGUCCAUCGGCGUGGGCAGCGCCUUUCAACCAUCUGCGCAACGACAACACCCACAACAACAACAACCGGACGAGCCGAGCAUGCCUUUAGACCAAGGCACCUUCUUUAUACAACAUGGCACUCACCCAGCUGCUGGGAUAUAUGGCCCUAAUCCCGAAGACAUGCUCAUGCACUAUCAACACAACAUGCCACCGCAUCUCCAUCAACAACCGAUAGACCCUAACACGACAAUGCCGCAACAGCAUGAGAUGCGUCCCAUGUCACAGCAAGCUUUCCAAGAGAUGCAACACUACCCUAUGCAAUAUCCCCACGGCCUACCGCCAUAUGCUGUCGCUCCUCAACACAUGCAUCAUAUGCGGCAUCAUUCUGAACAGUUCGAAGGCUCUCCUGCGCCGGAAGAUUCAAACAACGAGAAUGGUGGGGCCAAACGAAGAAAGGGCACAGCUUCCAGCGUGGCUAAUGACCAGGAACUGCGGCGACUGCUAGCUCAGUACCAGGGAAAAACUCUGAAAGAAGUUGCCGUGGAAGUACAGAAAAACGAAGGUGCUGGGGGCAAAUCUGAGAAGGCAAAACAAGUCUUUGCUAUGCUCUGGCUCCAAGAAAACUGUCAGCGGUCAACAAACUCCGUGCGCCGCGAUCGUGUAUUUACAAGAUACACGGAGCGCUGUGGCAAUGAGCGAGUUCCGACGCUAAACCCAGCAUCAUUCGGCAAACUCGUCCGCAUCAUCUUUCCAAAUGUCCAGACAAGGAGGUUAGGAGUCCGAGGUGAAUCGAAAUACCACUACGUGGAUCUAUCGCUAGUGGUUGACGAUGAUGAUCGACAAUAUGCUUCUGCCCCCGAAAGACCCGGCACAUCGAGCGGGAGCCAGCAUGAAAGGCAGGCAUCAAUCCAGGAAGCAAACAAAGUAUUCAAGGCUACCGUGACUCCUCCCAUCGAUCGGCCCAUGUCACGAGCAACCAUGGAGAUAGCCGACUUCCCGGCCCCGAGUGCUGCGUUCCUACCCAAGGAAGCCGACGUCGCUGGAGACGAGACGCCAGCCCCUAUAGAGUCUCAGACUCAGCGGCUGGAUUGCAAGUAUAUUAACACACCGACUAUCCGCUUCCCCAUCAAAUCUAUGCCAACGAAUGUCGUUGUGGCGCUUCCUUCGAUUCGUCGCCAUCUCCCUGGCAGCAUGGCGACUUACCUGGGAAUGCCAACGCUCAAUUCCCUUUCUCAGCCACCUGCUUUGUCGCAAGAUACACCUAUUGACUUUCCAGAUAUCCAUACUUACCUCGAGGGAGAGAACUACGACGCAUCUAUAGCCAAGGCCUUGUUCCACCUCUACCGCUCAUACUGCAUCGAUGUGAUCGACGCCUUCCGCAAAUGCAAGGAGAAGCCGUUCUUCAACCACCACUCGGCUUUCAAUGGGAAGAUGACUGUUCCAGUCUCCAAAUUGUUUUCAAUGCCCUGCUUGGCUCCCUGGAUUCAAGAAUGCGAUAUGCGGAUGUACAAGCAGAUUGUCCGAUUCAUCGCUCCUUUGGCAAUUCAGAAUGUGCCCGAGGUUGUGUGGAAUGUGUUCGACCGCAUCGGAUCAAGACUGGUCAGCCAUCUGAUCUCAGCCUUUGAAGAAAAAUGCCCUGUCCAUGUUAUUGUUGCGAAGAUUGUACCUGCAGCCAGAUUUGUGCAUGUGCUGAAGAAGCUCAAAGGCGCAAACGCAGCCACAUUGCAACUGAGUCGCAUGCUGGAAGAUCCGCAGCAGAGAACGCAGAUGUGGCUUGAUUUGAUGUCCAUUGUCGAUCCAGAUCACCUGCUAGAGGACAGUAUGCCACCCCCAGAAAGCCUUGAGAAGAUGCUGGGUAUGCUCAAGCACGACAUGAGACAGCUCGUCGAUCCCAUCGAUGACGCAUUGGUCCAUGCGGCGGAAGAGGACCAGGCAAGCGCAUACGCAACGUUUAUCAACGACAGUGCCGACACUUUCGACGGCAUUCUCCUUUCGGAACCCAGCGAUGAGCCUAUUUCUUUGCUGGAGCGGUGGAUAAAUUGGCUGGAGAGGCUACCUCAACUUUUCGAGGGUCACCACCCUCAGUGCAUGAUCAACUGCCACACGAGAUUCUGGAGAAGUGUCAUGACGCAAAUGGGACAAGGUGGUGCUCACAGCUAUCAAUCAUGGUGGUUCGUGGAGUCGUUUACCACGCAAAUGCUCGACUGGAUGACGCAGAUGGAAGGACUGCUGCUGGACUCGCAGAGUCAGAAGUUUGCGGACGUGAGAGAGCAAGAGAAGUGCAAGGAGGCUGAAACACACCCAGAUGCACCUUUUCGUGGCAUGAAGAGAAAGAGGGCGGUCCAAGACGUCGAUGGAGAAGCCAACGCUCCCGCUGGACCUGAGCCGCAUAAGUUGGUGAAAUUGGAAAUGCCGCCGAGCAAUUCGCCUACCCUCCCAGCGACAAGUGUCGAGCAGCAAGCAGGUCAGGAAAUCGACGACGACGAAACCGACGCAGAACUCGAUGAACUCCGACGCGGUGGCCCUUUAGACCUGCCUAGUUUCCACACUGGCCUUAGCAGUCCAGUCAAACACCGCGCAGCCGGCAACCACGACGAUAGUGGGAUUGACCUUGGGCUCGAUGUCGACGUCGAAGCCGAGAAAGAGGCUAGGAAGUUCAACAAGAGAGACUGGCUUCUCAGCAGCGAUCCGGCGGACCCAGCCCUGGGAUUGGUCGUGUUGGCUUGA